UCCUUGUAUCGUGAAUCUGUUUAGUGUGAAUAAAUUCAGUCCCUGCAAGCAGCGACAGAGAAACGGAGCUUUUUCCAAACUCAGUUGAUUGAGAGAAAUGAUUCAGUGAGUCGACUCAUCGCCAAUCAGAAAUUAGGAUGUUGUUGUUUCCGUUUAAAUCACGCGAUUCUGCCGCGAGCGGUUCGUUACUAAGCAACAUGGAUGCGCGCGCACAUGGAGUGUAAGUUGGAAUGCUGCAGGACAAAGUGUUGAAACACAGAAGAACUCCUGCUGAAGCAACUGAGAUAUAUGUGACUCACGAUUAUAAAGAUGGCGUUUAUUAAAGAGGAGAGUGAAGACAUAAAGAUCGAAGAAACAUUCACAAUCAAACAAGAAGAGACUGAGGAACAAACAGACCUGGCGUUGAAAAAAGAGAAAGAAGUACUCAAUGAUCAAUACGAGAAUCUGCAUGAUUUCACAGCUGGAAAAAAAUCUUUUAGGCAUUCACAGACUGAAAAGAUUUCCACACGAGAAAAAGCUCAAAAGACUGGAACAACUAGAAGUGAUUUCACUUGCCUUCGGUUUGGAAAGAGUUAUAAUCAACAAGGAAACCUUAAAGUCCACAUUGGGAAGACCCCUUUCAGUUGCCAACACUGUGGAAAAGGUUUCACUUAUAAAGUAAGUCUUGACAGGCAUAUAAAAAUUCACACUGGAGAAAAGCCUUACACCUGCCAACAAUGUGGAAAAAGUUUCCGUCAUCAAGGAAACCUUAGCCACCACAUGAGAAUUCACACUGGAGAAAAGCCUUACACCUGCAAACAGUGUGGAAAAAGUUUCAGUCAACAUGGAAGCCUUAGAAACCACAUGAGAAUACACACUGGAGAAAAGCCUUACACCUGCAAACAGUGUGGACAAAGUUACGCUCAGAAAGGAAGCCUUAACUGGCACAUGACUGUUCACACUGGAGAAAAGCUUUACACAUGCCCUCAGUGUGGAAAGAGUUUCCGUCAGCAUGGAAACCUUAACACCCACAUCAGAAUUCACACUGGAGAGAAGCCUUACAUCUGCCAACAGUGUGGAAAAGGUUUCACUCAUAAAGGAAGCCUUGACUGGCACAUGAGAAUUCACACCGAAGAAAACCCUCACACCUGCCAACACUGUGGAAAAGGUUUCACUUAUAAAGUAAGUCUUGACAGGCAUAUAAAAAUUCACACUGGAGAAAAGCUUUAGACCUGCCAGCAGUGUGGUGAGAGUUUUGCUCAAUUUGUAAACCUUGAAGUCCACAUGAGAACACACAAUGGAGAGAGUCCCUUCACCUGCCAACAGCGUAGACAAAGUUUCAGUCAUCAAGGAAACCUUAGCCACCACAUGAGAAUUCACACUGGAGAGAAGCCUUACACCUGCAAACAGUGUGGACAAAAUUUCACUCAGAAAGAAAGCCUUAACUGACACAUGACUGUUCACACUGGAGAAAAGUCUUACUCAUGCCAACAAAGUGUAGAAGUAUUUUCACUCAAAAAGGAAACUUAAACAGGCACACAUGAAUUCACACAGACUAGAAGCCUUACACCUGCCAACAGCAUUAAGAGAGUUUUACUCAACAUGGAAACCUUAAGAGUCCUCAUGAGAAUUCACACCGCAAUAAAACCCUUACACCUGCCCAAAGCGAGUAGAAUUGUCAAAGAUGGAUCAAUACCAACUGUUUGUCCAACUUCGUAUUCAGAACAUGUAAGUACAGCACAUUAUAUUUUGUGAAUGUGCUUGUUAGCACACUGUACGGUCAAUGUGGCUUAAGUUACCACUGUCUCUGACUGUAUUCAUGAAGAUCUGUUGUUAGUUUUAUUUUUAAGAGGUAAUAAAAUUGUGUUUCUGAAUUUUACAGGCAGUGAGCAUUUUGGGGUUAAAAUCACAAGCUCUUGUCUCUGUGAAUACAGUAAGAGACAAUAGCAACUUUAGCCACAUAAGCAUAUUCAGAAAGGCUUUUGCAAACACACUUUAUAAAGUGCGAUACUUAUGUGUUGUGGAUAUGAAGGUGGACCACGAAGAGUUGGUAUUGAUCCAUCUUUGAGAAGCAACCUUUCUGCAAAUCCUGCGUUGUACUUGGGUGGCAAGUGUAAUAUUGUUAACACUAGUUUAUUGAAUUUAUUAUUAUUAACUAAUGCCAGAGGCUUUAUUUUUAAAUUUAUGUAAGGAAAAACCGUGAUGAAUGGUCAUGUGAUCACAAGCACAAUAAUGUUGUGUUAUUUUUAUAUUUCUUUAUACAUUUAUAAUUUGUAUUUCUUUGUUUCACUUGGUAUUGCUUUUCCCUUUGUAUGAAAUUGUUAAUCUAUAUAAAAUGUUCAGGAAACACUGUUCACAUAAGAUAUGUCGUGUGUAAGCGCGAGGGUAGAGCUGAUGUCAUUUCUGAUGAGCAUGAUGUAUGUUUUUAUAAGCUUCUCGAAAAAGUGUUCAAAUAUGGUUAAUUACUUACUGUUUAUAGAUUUUCUGCACAAAAUGUGUUUAUUUGUUAAUUUUUCUUUAUUAAGAGAUUAGUACUCCAAGUAUAAACACGAGUAUGUUUAAUUGAAACAUUAACUACUCGUGGAUGUUGAUGAGUUUUGUUUUAUGACGAUGCAUACUUGGAUAAAACUUUUAACUCUGUUUCACCGGUGUUAUGAGUUACACAUUUAUGAUUGUGUGAAGUUUUAUGUUUACCUUUAAUGAUCCAUGAGAGGUUUGAAUGUAUUUCCUGUAAUAUGAACAUACAUUGUAACAGUAUGCAAUGAUUGACAGGCACGGAUGGUGUCUGUUAUACUUUGAUACAGGUAUCUAAAUGGAUCAUUAUAGUAUUUUUCUUUUCCUGUAUUUUUUUUUCUCAUAUUAUUAUUGUAUUUGUUUCUAUAAUCGUUAUUGUAUGCUAUAACUCUCUCUUGCAUGGGAUGUUAUUGCGAUGAGAGGCACGGCUAGACCAGAUAUUCUCCUGUUACUAUCUGAUGGUGUCUGUUAUACUUUAAUACAGAAACUGAGAAGCCGGAAGUAAACCACAAGGUCUCUUUUAUUAUCGACACGCACAACGAAGAAGAUGACCCAUUACAAUUGCAAAGCAGUCCCGUGCACAAACAUACAAAUGUAGCUAAUUUCCCAGCACACAAUUGAAAAGAAUCCACUGCAUCCUCAGUGGCUGAGAUUCUGGGAGUUUAUUAUUGCAGCCAAACAUUACAGUGUUUAAAUAGCUGAGACAUGGUGGGAUCUGUGCUAAUAGGGCAGAGAUUGUCACCAGUGGGCGGGGCUUUUCCAUACUAUGACGUCAUCAUAGGGAGAAAACUGGAACAGCCUGUUCUCAGAUAAUGAGAACUUAUUUAUGGGGAUUAAAUUAAAAAAACGUUUUUUUGUUGUUGUUUUUUUAUGAUUAUAGGGUGGUUGUUUACACACACUGUGGACACGCAUUAAUGCUCAAUCGCCACGUAAAAUUAUAAUAGGUCCUCUUUAAUUAAUUUGUUUAUUUUUGUUAAUAACUGGUCUGGUUCUCACCUUAUUGAUGAGCAGGAAUUUAAUUGUGAGUAAAGCUGCAAAUUCCUUCAUUAAUGUCAGCUGCCUUCAUAAUAAUCCUCUUGCCUUAUAGCUAUGGAAUGUUAAAUAAUUACUAACUAUGUCUCUUUUCUCUUACAUAGAUAUCUCAAAGAGUAGAGAUUAUCCACCUGUGCAGCCACUCUUAAAGGGGUCAUAUGGCAUUGCUAAAAAGUGUUUAUGUGGUUUAAAGUUCAAAAAACACAUUAUAUUCCACAUACUGCACAUUAUUGUUGCUCCUCUGUGCUUGGUCUUUCUGAAAUGUGCCGAUUUUUACAAAGCUCAUCAUUCUGAGAAGCGAGGCAUGCUCUGAUUGGCCAGCUAUCCAGUGCGUUGUGAUUGGCCAAAUACCUCAAGCAUGAAACGGAAAUGUUACGCCCCUUAUCGUAUCCUGGCGUGACCACACAAAAACAAUAAAACUCACAAUAAACGAGGCAUUUGUUGCAUCCAGUGGGGACAUAAUUACUGAUUAUAAUGACUUAUACUGUCUUUUUACGGCUUGCGUUGCAUUGCGCCGCGUAAACAUUACCAUGUCUGCAUUAGUGAUCAGAGAAACGACAAACAACAAGCACUACUUUAAAUUAGGGCUGGGUAUCGAUUCAGAUGUCCCGAUUCAAUUCUAUUUCGAUUCGCAAGCUCUCGAUUUGAUUCGAUUCUCGAUAUUUAUUUUUAUUUUUAUUACAUUCAGUGAAUAUAGUUUUGAUACAAAUGCAAUUGAUAUUUCUAAAAAUGAACAGUAAACAUCAGUUUACAAAUGGUGUAUUAAUAAAAAGAAAUUAAGAGCCACAGGCCUGUAUUUUAAACUUAUUCUUUUUUUGUACAAGGUCCUUUUUUUAAAACAAAAAUAAGUCCCUAUAAAAUGCUCUUUUAAAUUUUUUCUGGUAAUCAGAUGAAGGCAUAAAACAUUAAUUUAAUUUAUCCUAAUCAAAUUGAUCUUAAUUUAUCCUAAAAAUUAAACCCCUUUAUUUUUUGGCAAACAAAGUCCUGCACAACAGAGGUUUACUGUUAAAAUUAAAAAGA